AUGCCCGCCUCACGGCUCAUCGUUGUAUCUUUUAUAUGGAAGCAGCCCGGACGCGUACAAUCGCCCCAAGAUCGCCGCCCGCCCGCCCGCUCCCCUCGCGGUCCCCCCGAUGUCGGAACCCAGAACACCGCUGCAUUCUGGGUUUCGACAUCAUCCUCGACUCUGAUCGACUACAGGAAACCAAUGACACCGGCGCCGCGCAAAUCAGCGGCGCCGUUGUUGUUUUAUUUCAUUUUCUCUGUUUUUCAACCUUUCUCCCCCUCCCCUCCCUCCCGCUUCCCCGGUCACCUAUCCUCGGAUAGGAGGCCGUUUUCUGACUCCUCUUGGAGUCAGGACGACGAUGAGAUGCGCGCCUUGAGUGUGCGAGGUCUCGUCGUUGAGUUAUGGCCAUCUCUACACGGCCCCUCCCCCCCUCACUACACCCGGCGUCUGCGAUGGACCCGAAGGCGCCAGGUAGGCGUCUUUGGGUCAGAACGCACCUCCUUGUGCUACGCUAGCGCGAGGAGUACAUGGCUCUCCCUCGUCAAUGUUGUAUUUCAUUUCUUGUCGCCCUCUCCCUACCUCCCCCUUCCCCACCUCGCGCCGGCUCUGGAAGGCCCCGAAACGCUCCACAUUCGACGUCCCCCGUCCUGCACAUCCUGUGGGUUACGCGUACAGGAGCUGCUCGCUGUCUCGACCGCUGCCGCCGCCGCCGUCGCCGCCGUCGCCCUCCCCGAUGGAGCCUUCGCGCCGACAUCAAAUCGUACUGCUCCGCCCUAG